AUGGAAGCUGACUCCACAACCUAUGAUAUCACUACAAAACAGGAACUAGCUGAGCCAUGUUUACCAUUUAAUAUAUGUCCAGGCAACUUUCAGCUGUAUAAAGAUUUUAUAAGCAACAAAAGUGACCAAAGACUAGAAUACAAACUAGUAGAAAGACUUCAAGAAUUUGGAUUGUUACCGAGCAGUAUAAAUUGCCCAAGCAAUAAUGUUGAUUGUAAAGUUACUUGUAAACCUGCUAGAGUCAUAGACAGAGUGCAGUGGGUAUGUGAGGGGUGUGGUAAGAAGCAACCUAUCAGAACUGGCUCUUUUUUCUUUAGACUGCAAUGUUCUUUAUUACAAGCAAUGCAGAUUAUCUUAGCAUGGUGUGAAGAUGCUGAUAUAGAGGUUGCUGCUGAGCAUUUUGGAUUAAAGCUGAAAGUGGCCACAUUAAUUUACGACAGACUUGACGAGCUGGCUAUAAAGGAGCAAUCGAAACAAAAGCUUGGGGGAGAAAACAGUGUUGUGUUGGUUGAGAUGUAUCCUGAUUGUGUUAAUCGACAGUCACCUGACACCACUGAUCAGCCACAUGCACAUAGGAUCCUGAUGUUAGCUGAUACUAAUCAUGUUCCAACAGCUUACUGGUUGCAUGUUAUAAAAGAAGAAAACAAAAAGAUAACCGCUGAAGACCCUGACAAUCAGUCUUUAAAAUUGGAAAUAGAAGAGGUUGUCCGGGAUGUUGUGUUACCAAACUCGCUCCUGGUCACUGGAACCAAUGUGCCUCUGAUAGAUGGAGCUUCAUCUUUACAGCAACUAUGUCAACACUGUGAUGCCGACAUGCAACACUUUCUGAGUACCCGCAUCUGGCGCCAGGCGGUGUCGCUGUGCGGCGCGAGCGGGUCGGCGCGCUGCCCGCAGCAGUACCUGCGGGGCGCGCUGUUCCGCCUGCGCCGCGCGCCCCCCCUCUACCGCCGCGUGCUGCUCGCGCUGGCCGCGCACCACGCCCGCCGCGCACCCACCGACCACACUUGA